ACUUGACUGCAUCCGAUGGUGCGCAAAAUUGCCGCCCUGACGGCGGCGUUGGCCUACUCGGCCGAUGCUCUGGCCCCCAAGAAGGCGGGCCUCUUCCAGGGGAGGUAUGACGCGGCCGCGGGGACGUUCAAGACGGAACAGCUGCGCGCCGCCUCCUUCGACGAGUUCCAGCUCGACGCGACGUCCGCGGCGGCGUCCCCCGCGGGGCAGCUCUACACGGCGGACGGCGCGCCGCUCAUGACGGCGCCCUGCUGCAUCAAGGUCGUCGGCGUCGGCGGCGGCGGCGGGAACGCGGUGAACCGCAUGGUCGAGACGGACGCGGGCUCCUUCGUGGACUUUUGGGCCAUGAACACGGACGCGCAGGCGCUCUCGCGAAGCCUCGCGGGGAACACGAUGAACAUCGGCCGCGAGACGACGCGCGGUUUGGGCGCCGGCGGCAAGCCGUCGCAGGGCGAGGCCGCGGCCGAGGAGUCGCGGGCGGAGAUCGCCGCGGCGCUGUCCGGCGCGGACAUGGUCUUCGUCACGGCGGGCAUGGGCGGCGGCACGGGGUCCGGCGCGGCGCCCAUCGUCGCGUCCGUCGCCAAGGAGCUCGGCGCGCUGACCGUCGGCGUCGUCACGAAGCCCUUCGGCUUCGAGGGCCGGAAGCGCGCCCAGCAGGCCCAGGUCGCGACGCGGAACCUCCAGGAGGCCGUGGACACGCUCAUCGUCAUCUCCAACGACCGCCUGCUCCAGAUCGUGCCCGAGGGGACCACGAUGGAGGGCGCGUUCCUCGUCGCGGACGACAUCCUCCGCCAGGGCGUCGUGGGCAUCUCCGAGAUCAUCAUCAAGCCGGGCCUCAUCAACGUCGACUUCGCCGACGUGCGCUCCAUCAUGAGCGACGCGGGCACGGCGCUCAUGGGCAUCGGCCAGUCCAAGGGCAAGGACCGCGCGGCCGAGGCCGCGGGCUUGGCGACGUCCUGCCCGCUCCUCGACUCCCAGUUCAUGAACGCCAAGGCCGUCGUCUUCAACAUCUGCGGGCCGCCGGAUUUGACGCUCGCGGAGGUCAACUCCGCCGCGGGCGUCAUCUACGAGAACGUCGCGCCCGACGCGAACAUCAUCUUCGGCGCGUCCGUCGACGAGAACAUGGGCCAGGACGUCUCCGUGACGGUCCUCGCCACGGGCUUCGAGUCCUCCCUCACGGACGUGCUCUCCGACGAGAUCGCGCUCGACGCGCCCGGCCAGGGGCUCCCGGGCUUCUCCGCCGCGCCCGCCGCGCAGCCCCAGGCGCCGCCCGCGGCCUACCCGCCGCAGGGCAUGCCGCCGGCGCCGCCGGCGCCGCAGAAGAAGAGCGGCUUCCUCAAGCGCCUCGGCCGCUAGGGGGCGGGACCCAAGCACCCGCCCGUCAGCGGCGCCCAAGACGCGCCCCGGCCCGCUCGAGGCAGACCCCUCCGCGGCGCGGUGACCGCGCCGCCGAACUACUUAAGCGACCAGGGAC